AUGAAGGUCAAACGGGAAGCUGGUGAGAAGAUGACGGAAGCCAAGAAAAAGAAGGUUAAAGACUCGAUAGGAGCAAGAGUCAAGAGAAUGAAGAAGAAAGGAGGCAAGAGCGCCUCCUCCGGACCUCACUUUUCCUCGCUCUUGAAGAGUCAGGACGUCGUCAAUCUUGCUGUUCAAGCUCACGGCAAGAGCCACCUAGCUAGAGCUUGUACUGAAGACGAAACCCCCGAGACCGUUCCGGGGGAAGUUGAGGAUCCUAUCAAGUUGUCUGGUAAACUCACCAGAGCUCUUCACAGGAAGCUGCAGCACAGCCCUAAUAAUUGGGGAGCUUAUACUACUUUGAGAGUUGGUUCAGCUAGAUUACCUGAUCGAUACAAAGCGUCCUUCCCUGACUCAGUGGCGGUUGCUGGUUUAGAAGUUUCUGAGGGUGAUUCAGUUUUCGAAGUUCCAUCCGGAGCAAGUACUUCCGAGAAGACUCAAUCACAGAAGAUGCCUAUUCAGCCUUCCUUCCGUUCCAGGGGUAGAUCGACCAAGGCUGCCAGCUCCUCUAGAGGAAGUGACAAGAACCAAGGGGGAUCCUUCCUUGACUCUGUGAAGGAGGAUCUUGACGAAGGAGGCUCUGCUCCUGCUAAAGGUGUUGGCUCUUCGGAGCCUAAAGUUCAGGAAGUUAGCCUUCCCUCCGAGGUCCCGAUGACUGAAGUUAAUCCUCAAAUGGCGAGGGAUCCUCCAGAAUUUGAGCCCCCGAGGAACAAGAGGUCCCGAACUGACCAGGUUGACAGACCUUCGAGGUCUUCCUCCUCCUCCUCUAGAGGAGGAACCGUUGGCUGGAACUUUGCUCAUUCGAAGCCUGGAUCGGUUUUGGAUGAUUCGUGGGGUUUGGCUACUCUGAUGAGGCAUAUGAAGAGUACCGGGUGUUCCCUCCCCUCGAUCUCCAAUCUCACGCACAAGGAUGAGUAUGUUGAUAUUGCCCAUCACAUGGGUCAGCUGGCUGGCGCUAUUAACAAGGCUCAGUUCAAGUUUGAGGACGCCGUACACAAUGCCCCCAGUGCUGAGGAAUUACUCAGGUCACUGAACUGCCAGUUGAUUGACCUCCAGGUAAAGAAUAGGAAAAUUGGGGAUUUGGAUGCUGCUCGGAAGAUAGCCGAGUAUCAAGUCAAGGAGCUGAUUGCUUCAACCCAGAGCAGCCAGAAGAACAAGGAAGCUGAGGUCAGGCUAGCCGUCCGGAGGGGAAAGAAGGAGGUAGCUGAUGCCUACAACAAAGUUCUGGUUGUUGUCAAGGAGAAGUUCUCCAAGAAGAAGGACGAAGUCGAUCUCCUGGUUCAUGCUCAAGAGAUUCAAGCCAACACCGAGCUCCUGAAAGACAUGCUGGAUGGCGAGAUUAAGAGUACUCAAGACGAGUAUGAUCGCUUGGUGGCCAUGAUGCUGGAGGCUGUUGCGGCAUACGAGAAGGCUCAGGUCUCGGAUUUCUCGAUCGGCAAGCUCCCUCUUCCCCAACUCUCUGAGAGCUCAGCCCCAGUCGAAGCCGCCCCUGGAGGUAGCGACAAGGAGAUGGAGGAGGAGGUUCCUGAGGAGGAAGAUCCGGCUGGUAAGGGAGCUGAGAAGAGCUCAGAUGACAAGGAAGUUUAAGAGCUGAGGCUCUUUCAUGUGUUUCUAGGAUUUCCGCCCAAUGGGCUUUGAUUUCUUUUGUUUUUAGACUUAUGGCCUGAGGAGGCUUUUAAACCUUUAUCUGUUCGUACUUUGAAUCUUUGUUAG